GUGCAUGCCUCAUUGCCUGACUCUACAGCUGUUUUACACGCAAAUAACUAAUAAGACACGGACACAUAUUAAAUAUGUCAUCCAGAAGGGUUCUUCACUUUGUUUUUAAAAUUGGCAACAGAACAGAAACAGCCAAAUUCUACAGAGAUGUGUUAGGAAUGCAAAUUUUAAGACAUGAAGAGUUUGAGAAAGGAUGUGAUGCAGCCUGUAAUGGGCCUUAUGAUGGUAAAUGGAGCAAAUCAAUGGUGGGAUAUGGUCCAGAGGAUAAACAUUUUGUGGUAGAACUGACCUACAACUAUGGCAUCGGAAGCUACCAAAUGGGCAAUGAUUUCAGGGGAAUUACCAUACAGUCCCCAAAUGUAUUGGCCAGUGCUAAACAGAAUAACUACACAAUCACACAGGAAGGAAAUAAAAAUGUGCUCACUUCACCUGAUGGCCACAAAUUUUUUGUAGAAGACAAACAGUCUGAUGGAGAUCCAGUAAAGAAAGUUACACUAGCCUCAUCAAACCUGAAGAAAUCUUUAGAUUAUUGGUCAACCUUAUGUGAGAUGAAAAUUUAUUCCCAAGAUGAUAAGUCUGCUGUUUUAGGAUAUGGUGAUAAUCAGUGCAAGCUUGAAUUUGUUGAUAUUGGUGCUAAAGUAGAUCAUGCCAAGGCUUUUGGGCGAAUAGCCUUCUCCUGUCCAAGGGUCCAGUUAGCUGAGAUCCAAGACAAAAUGAAAGCUGCCAAUCAAACCAUUCUGACUCCAUUAAUUAGUCUGGACACUCCGGGGAAAGCUACAGUAGAAGUUGUCAUCUUGGCAGACCCGGAUGGCCAUGAGAUAUGUUUUGUUGGAGAUGAGGCAUUUCGUGAGCUGUCCCAGGUGGACCCACAAGCUGACAAACUAUUAAAUGAGGCUAUAGCAGCAGAUAAAAGUGAGGAAUGGUUUAAGAAGAAGGGCAUAUCAAAGGCUGCUGGGUAAAAACAGUAAAAUAUAUAAACACUCGAUCUCUGGAGUUAAUGUUUUAAGUGCAGGCAUUCCUCUGCAGAUAUAUGUGCUGAUUAGUAUGAUUUGCAAUUUUCUGUCUAGUCUUCCAGUAUUCUUGUUAGGAAUAAUGUUAUUAAAGAUAAUUAACUUACAAAUAACCAAGAUUAGUUUGAAUACAGUCAUGUAAAUGGAGAAUUACACUGCAUGUUUAUGAUCACAAUGGUUGUACAUUUAACAAUUAAUUGUUAUAGAUUUAUCCAGUUGAAGUUUUCUUUUUCAGCUUUUAUACGGGUAAACCUUUUUGCUUUUUUUAAAAUAUGAAUUUACCAAAAUAAUGCCAAUAACUGUGAUUGAUACUAUAAUUCUUGUCAGAUAUGAGUCUGUCAUAUCUAUACUCUUUGUAUUUUGUUUUUUAAUACAUGUUCUUU